CCCGGACCCUCAGUCAUGUCGUUGUCGUCGGCGUCAACUCCCACAACCACCUUCAUUUUCUCACUCCUCCCUCUCUUCCUCCUCCUCCUCCUAUCAGAUGCAAAUGCAAAUGCUGUUGACUCGGCUUCUACUGUCUGCAUCAUCGGCAGCGGCAUCGGUGGCUCCUCCGUGGCCCACUUCCUCCGCCGCUACUCCCCCCCUCAUCUCAACUUCACGGUCCGGAUCUUCGAGCGCAACCCCAUCGUCGGUGGUCGCAUGGCCACCGUCAACGUGUCCGGCCACAUUUUCGAGGCUGGCGCUUCCAUUCUCCACCCCAGGAACCUGCACGCUUUGAACUACUCCAAGCUCCUCAACCUCGCCGUCAAUAGCCCCUCCUCCUCCGACGAAUCCUCCUCUUCUGCUUUUGGAAUUUGGGACGGCCAUAAGUUUGUGUUCAAGACUCUGAGCUUCAAAUCAGAGCUUCCCUUUGUCGAUAAGAUAGUUUCGCUUGCCAAUUCACUCCUCAUGCUCUUCAGAUACGGCUACUCCCUUAUCAGGAUGGACAAAUUUGUUGAGACUGCUGUAAACAAGUUCUGCAAGUAUUAUGAAAGCUUUGAGACGAGACCCGUUUUCGAGACGGUGGAUGAGAUGCUCAAAUGGGCUGGUUUGUACAAUCUCACCACCACCACUUUGGCUGUCGAACUGGCCGAUGCCAGACUGUCUCCCCUCUUGAUACAAGAGCUUGUCACUGUCAUCACAAGAAUCAAUUAUGGCCAAAGUGUCAGUAUGAGUGGACUUGCUGGUGCAGUUUCAUUGGCUGGAUCAGGCGGAGGAUUGUGGGCCAUCAAAGGAGGGAACUGGCAGAUGGCUGCCGGACUGAUUGAUCGUUCUAAUGUUGAAUUGCACCUUCAAGAAGAGAUAGAGUCCAUUUCAUCAAAUGGAGAAUAUUAUGAGCUUAAUUCCACCCUGCGGAACAGUUAUACAUGUGACAUAGCAGUGGUUGCUUCACCUCUAGAUGAGUUGAGUCUCAAGUUUAAUCCUCCAAUCUCCAUCCCUAAGAGAGAAUUGCAACACACGCAUGCAACUUUUGUUAGGGGCCUCUUAAAUCCUGUAUAUUUUGGCCUGAAUUCUGUGGCAGAAAUCCCGGAAUUGGUUGGCACUAUUGAGAUUCCUGAUCUUCCAUUCUCAAGUAUAUCAGUUCUGAAGCAACAUGAUGAGAAAGAUUUCACUUACAAGAUAUUCUCUCGUAAACCAAUGGCAGAUGCAAUCCUAGAUAGUAUCUUCAGCGUGAGGACGGAGACAAUUCGAAUAAAUUGGGGUGCAUACCCUCAUUAUACAGCUCCUGAAGUAUUUGCACCGUUUAUUUUGGAUGGUCAGCAUUUGUACUACGUGAAUGCUUUGGAGAAUGCAGCAAGUACAAUGGAGACGAGUGCUGUUGCAGCUGAGAAUGUUGCAAGACUCAUCCUAUCAAGAUUUUCUAGCGUUGUACCUUUAAGUUUGCCAAGCUUGAGCUCCAAAGGCGAUGGAGGGGAUGUUCAUGUAGAUCUGUGAAUUCUGUUUGUGAUCUCCAGUCCAGUCCUUGGUUUCGGAUGUAAUUAAGAUCGGGUGGCACUGUCAUAUGUGUAAUAAUAUGUUAGGCCAAAAUAAGCCUGUACCAUAACUUGGAGCAAGUUUCAACUGAGUUUAUGGAGACAUGGGACAUUGAUCUGUAAAUUUCGUUAAUCAGAAAACUGAAGAAUUGUCCAA